AUGUUGAUGAACCUCGUUACGUUUGUUCUUCUCUUCAAUGGUUGCGCGGCCAACAAAGUGGCAGAUGCUCUGAUUCAAAAAUCUUGCAAGGAUGUUCCAAAGUUUACAGGUUUGGUAAGCCAAUGGCCAAAUUUCGAAAAGGAUUGCGUUGCAUCUAUCAAAAAGAAUCCGGAGAGCCAGAAAGCGAGAAAUAUCGAUGAUUUGAUCAUGGUAGGAGCAAAUAACGCCAUCUCAUACUUAAAGAACGUGAAAAGAAUUGUGGAGAAGAUUAUAAAAGAGAGGAAAUAUAAGAGUAGUCUUAGUAAGAAGUCGUUAGAAGAUUGCCUCAAACUUUACUCCAAGAGCUCUCACUUAUUAAUCUCAGGUUUGAGUUACCUCAAACAGGGGAAUUUCGAUGAGGCUAAAAAUGCUUUUAAAGAUGCACAGGAAGCACCGAUAUUUUGCGAAUUGAAAUUCAACGGCGACAAUCAACAAAUAUCUCCCGUGAAAAAAGAGAAUAAUCUUCUUUUAAUAAUGAUUUCAAUUCCUGGGCUGUUUAUUAUGAAAGUGGAUAUCGAUUCACCGGGGACAAUCAACAAAUGA